AUGCGGUUUCAGAAGCUCUUAAAAAAACCCUGGCACUCAUUCCUCCUUCUCUCUCCUGCCCUCCCCAAGCUCCCAGAAGAUGACUUCCAGUUCAUCCUAUUUUUUUUGGAAUCGCCCGACCUCAAGCCCCUCCCCUGCCUCCACACCUUGUGCCUUGGUUGCCUGGACAAGAACAAGCCCAUUGGGCAGUGCCCCGUGUGCCAGACGGCCAUCCCACAGGCCAGCGGCAUCCCCGACAUGGACAACCUGCUCUUCACCAACCUGCAAGCCAGGCUGAAGGUCUACAAGAAUAUUGUUGACAGAGUUGACUUGUUCUGUGACAACUGCAGGAAACCUGGUGAGUUCUGGUGCCCUGAGUGCAAGGAGUUCCUCUGCACCAAGUGCUUUGAGGCCCACCAGCGCUACCUGAAGAGGGAGAGCCACGAAGCCAAGAGGGUGGUGGACAUCAGGGCAGGGUCUGCUAAGGACUUCCUGGAGGGCACCAAGAAGACCAGUAACUUGUCCUGCUCCAAUCCAAGCCACAAGAGCCAGACUGUAAGUAUCUACUGCAGGACGUGUGAGAAGGCUCUGUGCUGCAUUUGCGCGCUGCUGGACAGCCAGCACGCCCCGUUCUGCGACAUCCGCAGUGAGACCCAGCGCAGGCAGGAGGACCGGGGCCUCGUGGAGCAGCUGGUGCGGCUGCUGCGGCGCGAGGAAGAGGAGCUGCUGGGGCUGGUGGCAAAGCAGCAGGAGCAGGGCCAGCAGGAGCUGGCACAGGAGCUGGGGCACACCGAGAGGGUGCUGCGGCGAAUGGAGGCAGGCGAGCGGCUGGUGGAGAAGAUGAGGCUGUACGCCACGGAGCAGGAGGUGAUGGACAUGCAGCCCUUCAUCAAGGGCUCGCUGCAGGAGCUGCGGUGCUUGCGGCCAGCGGCGUCUGGGAAGCGAGCGCAGCCUGGGGACUUGGCCGAGUGCCGGGCCAGGCUGCAGGCGCUGGUGGAGCGUGUCACCGGGCACUCAGCCCUGGUCCCCAUGACAGAUACCUCCGUUCCCCAGCAUGACUCCCCAUCCAAAGAUGAGACCGCCCUGAUCCUCGACCUCGAGCCUCUCAGGGAGUAUUGUGAACCGCAUGGAGGUCUCCUCAUGGAGCUACCUGCCCACCACGAGCCCUGCACCCCCGUGUUGGACCUCUCUGACAGCAGAGGCCAUGUGUGUCCAGACCAGGAAGGGGAUAUGUCCCCCACCCAACCCAAACCUCCAGCCCUUCCGAUGCAGAGGGAUGAAGAAGCAGAGGAAGACUUGGGAUCAGCCCAUGGGGACGCCGUGCCUCUUCCCAGGAGCAUCCAGGACUCUUUGGCCUCCCUGCAGGAAGAUUUCAGUGGCUGGGCCAGGUCCAAUAUGCAGCAGGCAGAUGAGCUUCUGAAGAUCGGCGAUGGCCUCCUGCAAGCUCAGCGCAGGGCAAACAGGCACCUGGUAUCCAUGACCAAGGAGAUCCGUGCCAUGUCCCGCUCCCUGGCCACUGUCACCUCUGCCGCCUCCACCUCCACCCCUGCAAAGAGGAAGAAAUACCAAGACGUGAGUGCCUCAACGUCGCCCAUGAAGGCGAUGAAGGUUGAGGACAAUGAAAACUGGUGGAGCCAGAUGGAUCCACAGCAGCGAAGCUGCUUGGACCAGCCUGGGACCAGCUGUAUGGUGUCCCCCACCACUCUUGUCAAGAAAGAAAGCCUGCUGGAAGAUGUGCCAGAUGGCAGUGGUGAGCUGCACGACUCAGAGAGCGAUAUUCUCGGCUUGGACAGCUUUGAGGAAGACAGCACCAAUGAGGAGUUGAUGGACUCCAGUCUGCUAGAUGACCUCAGCAACAUCCUCGAUGAGAGCCCCAGUGAAGACUACCUGGGCCUUCCCAUCAAGAUUCAGAACACACUGGACAUGAGACAAGGAUCCGUGGUCUUCUUUGACAUGAAGAUUUUGAAAAAUGAAAGCAUUCAGAUGACAGUGGUAGAUGGAGAUAAAAUAUUCCCAGUCAUGAUUCAGCCAGUGAGAUAUUUGUCCAGCUUGAUGGACAAAAAUAGCAUCUGCGAGAUCGGUCUGAGGAAUCUGCUGUGCCACCUCAGCACUCUCCACAAGCCCAUCCUGGGUGGCUUUGGUCUCUGGUCACUCCCCUUUGCCAACCUCUUGAAAGCGUUGACAGUCAUGAACAAGAAAGACGAGUUCAGCUCUCUUGUGUAUGGUUUCCUGGACAUUUUGCCCGUGAUUAAGGAGGAGAUCCCUGAGAGGGAUAACUACAACCUGAAGAACUUGGCCAGCACUUACCUCUGGUGGCACUUCAGUGACUGCAGCACCAUGGAGAAUGCCAACAUCAUGAAGUACCUGUGUGAGGUCCUGGAUGUCAACCUGAUGAAGAAACCCAGGCUGAUCCUCAAUCAAGCUAGCCUGGAGUCCUUCAUCUCCCUCCAGCCCUUGCUUGCUGAGAAGCUCCUCACCAAGCCGGCAGCCCAAACGUUGGCCACCCACAACAUUGGCCUUGCUGAGCUCCAGUCCUGCUUCCAGCACAACCCUGAGACAGGGCUCCAGAAAUUGUGCCAUUUCAUCAACGCUCACCAGCACAAAUCUGUCAAGAAAGUCCGAAACCUGAGCAAGGUCAAGGUCUACUUCCAGUGCCAGGAACAGUCAGUUGAAAGCCAGAAGACCUCAGCAGGCAGUGAUUUCCCAAAAGCCAUAAAGAGCGAGGAAAAGUGA